AUGGUUUCCCCGGUCACCGUGGUGAAGAGCGAAGGCCCCAAGCUGGUGCCCUUCUUCAAGGCCACCUGCGUCUACUUUGUCCUGUGGCUGCCGACGUCCAGUCCGUCCUGGUUCAGCGCGCUGAUCAAAUGCCUGCCCAUCUUCUGCCUGUGGGUCUUCCUGCUGGCGCACGGCUUGGGCUUUUUGCUUGCUCGCUCCGGCGCCCGCAAGAUCCUGGCCGGGCUCAUCUUUUCCGCGCUGGGUGACGCCUUCCUCAUCUGGCAGGAGCAAGGCUACUUCGUCCACGGUCUCCUGAUGUUCGCCAUCACCCACAUCCUGUACUCAUCGGCCUUCGGGAUGAAGCCCACCAACGCGCGGGCGGGGCUGGCCAUCGGCGCCGCCUCGGGCGCCUGCUACCUGCUGCUCUACCCGUACCUGCGGGGCCCCUUCACCUACCUGGUGGCCGUCUACGUGGCCCUGAUCGGCUUCAUGGGCUGGCGGGCGGUGGCGGGCCUGCGGCUGGCCCGCGACCUGUGGACAUGGACCGAGCUGUCGGCCUGCCUGGGCGCCGUCCUCUUCAUGGCGUCCGACCUGACCAUCGCCGUCAACAAGUUCUGUUUCCCCGUGCCGCACUCGCGGGCCAUCAUCAUGGCCACCUACUACGCCGCCCAGAUGCUGAUCGCCCUCUCGGCCGUGGAGUGCCAGGACGCCGAAGCGGCGCGCAAGAGGGUAUGA